AUGGUUAACGUUGGAAUAAUAGGAGUGGGUUUAGUUGGUUCCGAACUUAUUUCUCAACUAGCAGCUCAUGCUAACUCUACUCCAAGGAUUUCGGUUAUUGCUCUCACAAACUCUUCUAAGCAACUUUUAAGUACUCCAACUUAUUCGCCAAUUGAUCUUUCUACGUGGAAACAAGCUUUACAAACUCAAGGAACUACAGCAAAUCUUUCGGCGUUUGUUGACUAUGUAUCCAAUAGUCCAACUCCUGCAAUAAUCGUAGAUAAUACAGCAAGUCAAGAAAUAGCCUCUCAAUAUCCUUUAUUCUUAAAAAAAGGCCUACAUGUCGUAACACCUAAUAAAAAAGCAUUUAGUGGAGCUGAAACAUUAUAUAAAGAAAUCGUGGAAGAGGCUAAGAAGAAUAAAAAGCUCGUUUUUAACGAAAGUACUGUUGGAGCUGGUUUACCUGUUAUUAGUACAUUAAAAGAUUUGAUUAGAACUGGAGAUAAAAUUAAUAGGAUUGAGGGUAUAUUCUCAGGAACGUUAAGCUAUAUUUUUAAUGAGUUUUCGAAGCCAGGUGAUGAUAAGGGAAAAAAUUUUUCCGAAAUUGUUAAAAUUGCGAAAGAUAAUGGCUAUACGGAACCUGAUCCACGUGACGAUUUAAAUGGAUUAGAUGUUGCUCGUAAAGUCGUAAUUCUCGGUAGAAUUACUGGAAUGAAUCUAAGUCUCGAUACAUUACCCGUAGAAAAUAUUGUACCUGAACCGUUACGUAACUUGGCCACAUCUUCUGAAUUCUUGUCAAGGUUAUCAGAAUUUGAUUCACAUUUUGAUAAUUUAAAACAAACAGCAAAAAAUAAUAAUCAGACUUUAAGAUAUGUUGGAGUGAUUGAUCCUAUUGGUGGUGAAAGUGGAGUCAAGUUGGUUAGUUUACCAUCAUCACACCCAUUUGCGUCGCUUAAAGGAAGUGAUAAUAUUAUUGCAUUUACAACUCAGAGGUUCCCUAAUCCUUUGAUUAUUCAAGGAGCUGGUGCUGGAGCUGCUGUUACAGCUUUUGGAAUAUUUUCCGAUAUUUUGAAAAUUGCGGAUAGACUUGAAUCAUAA